CCUUGUUGUUGUUGAUAACCCGAUUAAUGAGAAAGAAGAAAGAAGCAUUUGACGAAGACGAAACUAGGCGAAAGGAAGUGUGAUUGCGAAUAUUUUGCAUUGACUCUUUAUCUCUUAGGGCUAGUGGGUUCUUCGGCUGAAUCUUAAUAGAUCCCAGAAACGUCAAUGUGUGGCUGUUAACAAAAUUCUCUGUUGGAGAGAAUCUUUGCAUGGUCGUAGUGAAUGGAGAAGUGAAGGCCUAUCAGGAACAGGCAGGCAUACACCUUCCACAAUGUUGUCUUCAGCCACUUCGGGCAAAAUAUACUCAGGAACCUGUCCAAACAAAACCUGCAAUGCCGUUGUUGUAUAUUCUGAUUUUUCAAAGGAUGCUCAUUGCUAUUCUUGUAAAAAAGAUCAUCCAAUUAGCUCCCUAGUGAAUGCUUUCCAAAUUACUGAUAGCUGUGAAGCUCUUGUAGCGUUCUUGUUGGCUGGUACUGCUCAGGCUAAACCAGAUCCUCCAGUGGUAAAGAUUCUUGGCAUGUCAACGUAUCAUUGCAAACUCCUUGCACCUCUUUUGACUACAUAUGGUAUUGAUAAAAUGGGAAGGGCCAAAACAAUUCAUGAGCUCAAAAACUGUGGUACAUUUGACUGCAGUUGGCUUGGUGGUUACAGUUUCAGCAUAGACCCUGAUCAUAUAACAUUACCAAGCUAUGGUAGAGAUGAAUCAGGUAGUGUUGACUACCUUUCUGGGACAUUAUCUCGCCUGCGCUCUUACAACAACAAUAGGGAUGCAUUAGUGCCUCUUCAUGUUGAUGGUGAUGGACAUUGCUUGGUCCAUGCAGUGUCUCGUGCUGUUGUUGGGAGAGAACUGUUUUGGCAUGCUUUGCGAACUGGGCUGAAACAACAUUUAACAGACAAUUUGCCUCGAUAUAAGGAACUUCUAAAUGAUUUUAUCAACAGCUCAGAAUGGGCAGACAUUAUUGCUGAAUGUGAUCCUGAGUAUGUUCCACACGAUAAUGAAACACUGGGUCUCAGGAAUGUUCAUGUGUUUGGUCUGGCUAAUGUUCUUCGGCGACCCAUUUUACUAGUAGAUUCUGUUGCUGGCAUGCAGAGUUCAGGUGAUUAUUCAGCACUUUUUCUUCCUGGAUUAAUUCCAACAAGCCAAUGUCGAGAUCGUAAUGGUGAAUUGAACAAACCAAUCUGCCUAGCAUGGAGUAGCUCUGGCCGCAACCAUUAUAUACCUCUUGUUGGUGUUAAAGGAUGUGACCCUCCUAUGUUUCCACGAUCUCUAUUGCCCAAAGUGUGGGGAGUUUCUCAAUCUAUGGUGAAAGAUUACAUUGAAUUCAAUGCGAAUGAUUGUCUAGUCAUAGGUGGACAGAAAACGAUGCAAGAUUCAUAUUUAAUGAAAUUAUCAUCUGGUAUGGAUGCUCUAUUUCAUCAAAGGUUUGCUGUAGACCCCUCACUUGUGGCAGAUACAUAUUACUGUAAUUUCCAUAAGGGAGCUGUUUUUGAUAUGAAGCCCAGCGAAGUAUUAAGUGCUACAAAAGUUGCACUCCAAGAGAGACGCCUAUUUCGAUGUUUGAAUUGCUGCAGCGUGAACAUGAAACCUCUGAAUUCUGAGUGGCUUCGACCUCAUGGUCUCCUUUACAAUAUAGCAAAAAAACAGAGCAAUGGAAUUUUGCAGGAUAAUCGUAUUUACUCUUUUCAAAGCUAUGGUGUCACUUGUGUGUAUAAUGCCCGCAAAGACAUGCUUGUGGUUGAGAAGUCUACAAUUUUGGAACAGUGUUCAUGGUGUGGAAGUGAUAACCUCCGUCUCAUUCAUUAUGAUGGGAAAGUGCUGUAUGAAAAUGGAGACAAGACAUCUACUGUAGUAGAUUCCCCUACAGCUAGAUGUAAAUGUGGUUUCAAACAUUGGUAUAAUGGCCAAGAAUAUGACAACCCUCCAUUGAAAAUUCCCGUGUCCUUCCAAUGGAAGUCAAGAACUAUUGUUGAAGAAGUGAAUUGGUUUCAAGAUGAAUCUGAUCCAUUGUUGGACAGUGAUCCACACCAAAUUGCAGCAUUUAUCAUCCAUAAACACUUGCCAGGUGAGAGAGACAUUGCUAAAGUUAGACAAGCAGUACUUGAGUCUCUUCUUGGUAAAACAAGGCAUGAAAUCCCAACAUCUACUCAAACUAGGCCUGAAACUGAAAGUUCAUUGAAUGUGGGGCACUCAAGUGAUCACACAGAAAACAUUCAGAAGGGUCAUGUCACUUCAAUUAGCAAGAAACCAGCACUUCCAUUAAAGUCAGUAUCAAGCACUGAAGAUGUGCUCUCAUCCUCUUCAUCCAAAAAAAGGCACAGUGAUAGUCAUGGAGGAGCGUUGCCCAAGCAACGCUCCACUCCUGCUUCUUUGGCUGCUGCCGCCGCCAUUAGUCGUGCAGAAGCGAGCAAGGGUCCAAUAGUAAGCAAAGAGGAACACAAGAGUACCUCCAACACUUCCAACACAUCUGUUGUGGAAAAAAUAGAAGCUGACCGUAACCAAAUAAUAAGAUUGGGUCCAGGGUAUUCUGUUAUUUCUGAUACUGUAAGUGAUGAGCAACGAGCUAGGCAAAAACUUCUUCAUGAAGCAACCGAAGACUUUCUGAACAGUAUUUAUGCUGUGCUAGGAGAUAGUUCUGCAUAUAACCCCCCAACUGGUGCCAAAUCCAAAGUAAACUCAAGUAGCUCCACAUCCAAUCAGAGAGGAGAGAAGUUACGGAAAAAAGAUGCAAGUUAUGGUAGUUUGUCAAGGGUAGCAAAUCUGUUAAAUGUUGGUGGUGAUAGACACUUAUCUGAUGAUUGCAUGUCUAACAGUGAGGAAGAAGAUACUUUGUGAAUCAGAUGUGGUAUUUGUUAAGUUACCUUAAGUGAUUACCAAAUGUUCUGUAUUAUCAAAAUAAUAUUAAUGCUGCACAGCUUUAUACUGCAAACUGCUGAAAGUUACCCAUUUUUCUACUAGAUAGUUAGUUGAGUUCUAAUAACUAUGAAUCUAUUUAAAUUUAACUAGUCAUACUUUAGUAUUGGUGAUACAUUUUAAAACAUUUUAUUUCUGGGGUUGUUGCAUUACUUGCAAGUUGUUUUCAGACUUCUAAUUGCUAUUUCUAUUAUGUUGACUUUAAGAAUUUUGAAAGAUAUUUAUUUUUUGUUUUGUACACUUAAUUUAGGUGAGGGGAAGGAGUGUUUAAUUUACAGCCACUAUUUUGCACUUUUGUCACUUUUAUACUUGAUGCUUUAAUUUAGCUUGAUCUCAAUGCUGUGCAUUUAUGAAAGUUCCUCAGUCUAAAGUCUUAAAAAUACCUUUUGGCAUGUGUUCAUUUUUUACUUCCAGAAAAGAUACCUCCAUUGAUUGUGGUUGAUAAUUUUGUAUCACCUAAAAUAAAGUUUGGAAUUCACGUUUCAAAACCUGUACUUUACAAUCUGGUCAAUAAAGACGAAGUUGAAAAGA